CACCAGACAAAAAAGAAAUCCAGUCAACUUCCGCCUUCCUCCUUCUUUUGAAGAGCAAGUCAAAGCUACUGCUGCAAUGACAAAGCUGGUUUUAUUGUGCCUCAAAUGUAUUAUUUUAUGCAGCACUAUCGAGGCUGUGUUUGAGGAUCAAGUAGGAAAAUUUGACUGGAGGCAGCAAUAUGUAGGCAAGGUUCGCUUUUCUCAUUUCGACAUACACGUGCAGUCAUCCAAAAAAGUUCUUCUGGCAACGGAGAAGAACGUUUUUGCUGCCCUCAACACCAGGACUGGAGAGCUUUUUUGGCGGCAUGUAGAUAAGGCUGGGCCAGAGGGAAACAUUGAUGCUCUUUUGCAACAUGGACAAGACGCAGUACUGGUGAUUGGUAAUGGCCGUCUGCUGCGCUCCUGGGAGACAAAUGUUGGUGGUUUGAACUGGGAGGUUGUGCUUGACCCUGGAAGUUUCCAGUCGGCAUGUUUAGUUGGACAGCAAGACACAGUGAAAUAUAUGGCUGUUCAGAAGAAAACUGCCAUCUCUCUCCAUUACCUUUCUAAUGGUCAUCAGAGAUGGAUAGAGAAUCUUCCAGAAAGUGAGACUGUGGAUUACCAGGCUGUGUACUCUGGUGGAAAUGGUGAGGUUUAUGUACUGGGAGUUGUUCCUCAUUCCCAUAUUACUAUUGUUGCUUACAGCGUGGACGAUGGAGAGAUAAUCAAACAGAUUUCUGUCAAAGCUCCAUGGCUGUCCAGCAUAAGGGCCAGCUGUACAGUGGUCGGCCAGGGAAUGUUGACAUGCGUGGACUCAGCAACUGCGUCCUUCUACAUGCUUGACUUACACGUGCAGCCACAGAUGACUCAGAUCUCUCUGCAGUCACUGGGACUUGACAUUUACCCAGGCUUCCGUCCAGGACUGUUGUCCACACAGCCCAACCCAGCUCGCCCACCACUGUCAGAGUUCUUUCUUCAGCUUGGGUCUGAACAUUACCUGCUUCUCCAGCUCAACAAUGGUCAGAUAGUUUCACUGAGGGAUUUCAAGCCUGCAAUGCUGGCCUCAUUUGCAACCACUGGAGAAAAGACUGUUGCUGUUGUGAUGUCACCCAAGAAUAGAACUGCUUGCAGCGUUAACCUCUUUAGUGCAGACACUGGACGCAGGCUUCUAGACACAACACUGAUUUUCAAUAUAGAUCCUAAUGGUGGGAAACCAGAGAAGUUGUAUGUGCAGGCAUUCCUCAAGAAAGAUGACUCGGUUGGCUACAGGGUCAUGGUGCAGACAGAAGACCACACGCUCACUUUCAUACAGCAGCCAGGGCGUGUAAUGUGGACAAGAGAGGAGGCCCUGUCAGACGUAGUGACAAUGGAAAUGGUGGAUCUGCCCCUCACAGGAACGCAGGCAGAGCUGGAAGGGGAGUUCGGCAAAAAAGCAGCAAUUCAAGAUGGCCUGAUGCCCAUGGUGAUGAAGAGGCUGUGCUCUCAACUCAUCCUGCUGCAGGCCUGGACUGCCCACCUGUGGAAGCUGUUCUACAACGCACGGAAGCCUCGUAGUCAAGUUAAAAAUGAUGUGACCAUUGAGAACCUCUCUAGAGAUGAGUUCAACUUGCAGAAGAUGAUGGUUAUGGUUACUGCAUCUGGAAAGCUCUUUGGAAUAGACAGCAAGACUGGAAAUAUUUUAUGGAGACACUACCUGGAUAACAUCCCUCCUAAUGCAGCCUUCAAGCUAAUGGUGCAGCGGACCACUGCGCACUUCCCUCAUCCUCCACAGUGCACACUACUCAUCAAAGACAAGGACUCAGGACUGGCCACACUUCAUGUAUUCAAUCCCAUCUUUGGAAGAAAGAGUCACAUCACUCCACCCGCUCUGCCUCAGCCAAUACUUCAAUCACUCAUGUUGCCACUUAUGGACCAGGAUUAUGCUAAGGUCUUACUUCUCAUUGAUGACCAGUUCAAGGUGUCUACCUUUCCUUCCACAAAGAAUGUACUGCAGCAGCUCCAGGAGAUGGCCUCAUCCAUUUUCUUUUACCUUGUUGACUCCAGCCAGGGAAAACUCUCUGGCUAUAGGCUGCGAAAGGACCUGUCAACUGAGCUGAUCUGGGAAGUCAUCAUUCCAGCUGAGGCACAGAGGAUUGUCUCUGUCAAAGGCAAAAGGCCCAGUGAGCAUGUACACUCCCAGGGCAGAGUAAUGGGAGACCGAAGUGUCCUCUAUAAGUACCUGAACCCCAAUCUACUGGCAGUGGUGACUGAGAGCACAGACUUGCAUCAAGAGCGCAGCUUUGUUGGGAUCCUCCUGCUUGAUGGUGUGACUGGUCGCAUCAUCCAUGAGGCUGUUCAGAGGAAGGCCAGAGGACCGGUGCAUGUCGUGCACUCUGAAAACUGGGUGGUGUAUGAAUACUGGAGCACCAAGUCUCGCAGGAACGAGUUCUCGGUUAUUGAACUCUAUGAAGGAAUGGAGCUCUACAACAGCACUGCCUUCAGCUCACUGGAUCGGCCACAUGCUCCUCAGGUGCUUCAGCAGUCUUACAUUUUCCCCUCCUCCAUUUCUACCAUGGAGGCCACCCUGACUGAAAAGGGCAUCACCAGCCGCCACCUGCUCAUUGGAUUGCCAGCUGGAGGGAUUUUAUCAUUACCCAAGAUGUUCCUUGACCCUCGGAGGCCAGAAAUAGUGUCAGAGCAAAGCCGUGAAGAGAACCUGAUACCCUACUCACCAGAGCUGCUGAUCCGUACAGAGUGGUUCGUCAACUACAAUCAGACUGUAUCAAGAGUGCGAGGGAUCUACACCGCCCCCUCUGGCCUUGAGUCAACUUGUCUGGUGGUGGCGUAUGGUCUCGACAUCUACCACACACGUGUGUACCCCUCGAAGCAGUUUGAUGUACUAAAAGAUGACUAUGACUACAUGCUGAUCAGCAGCGUACUAUUCGCCCUUUUUUUUGCCACCAUGAUCAGCAAACGACUGGCAGAAGUCAAACUGCUCAACCGGGCAUGGCGGUAAAGCGAUUGCCUAAAUCACCUCUCUGACAGCCCCAAGGCUGCACAAAGGACCUCAGCCCGAGGAGAUGAGACGGUUGAGGCCAUGCCUUUAGAAGAAAACAGGUCAAAGGUCAAUAAGGCCCACAAGGAACUGCAGGGGUGAGGGUACGGUGGGGUGGGAGCGAAUGGAGGGAUUAGUAAAAGUUUUAUGUGUUUAUUUUUUAACUUAUUUUGCAAGCACAAGGAAUUAUUACAUAGUAGAAUAAUUGUUUUUCUGCCACGUCAUUUUGAUUAAAUGUUAAUAACUAGUUGAUUACAAAUGAAUGAAUCAGACUUUAUUAAAUUGUGGAGUUUAGAAACUCCAACACCUCAAAGUUAGAUAGUUGUUAGUUUCAUUAAGAUUAUAUUUGUGACAUUUCUGCUUCAUUAGACUGUUCUAAUGGAGAAUUAAUAAAUUUGGAGGUCAUAGAAAAGAGAGAAUUCAGUGUAACACGUGAGCAUGAUUUAGUACAAGACCAUGCCUAUAUGGUAUUGUACUUUUAACCUGCAAAGUCAUCAUGAUGCCUAAAUGCCAUUUGGUUUGAUGGCCCUCGAACAGAAUAUGAAGUGUGAGUGGACACUGUGGCAUGGUCAGGGCAUGGUUAUUAAUGCUUUCUUGAAGACUAUCCCACAAAAGGCACGCCACACUCACCAUCAUCAUGUGGUUG